AUGCUGCUGCCCAAGGGCGGAGUCACGUGGAAGUCGGCGACGUCUCGACUACCGCCGAGCCGGGCGAUAUGGAAUUACGUUGCGCGCACGCGGUUUUUGCUGGUGGUUGCUUUGAUUGGGAUAGUAAUAUUAAUAUGGGAUGGCGUGAGUGGGACCGCUGGUGAUAUACAAAGGUUCUACUGCUUCGGCCCGGCGAAAUCGCCCAUGCACAUGAGCCCGAACGAACAAGCAGAAUGGGCGGGGCAUCUACAGACACCUGUCAUUUUCAAUCAUCACACACCGGUCGAGGUCAACCACACAAGCAUACAACGGGUGGAUUUGAAUGGGAUAGCCUCCACGCCAAAAGCGGUCAUAAACGAGGAGCGCGUACUGAUCCUCACGCCUCUGCGAAAUGCUGCGCCAUAUAUUGAGCAGCACUUUGACCUGCUCUCCGCACUCACAUACCCACACAACCUGAUCGAUCUGGCUUUUCUGGUCGGUGACAGCACAGAUGACACGCUGGCCGUGCUUGCCAUGGAGCUGGAACGAGUGCAGUCACGGACAGACAAGAUUCCCUUCAACAGUGCCAUGAUUGUGGAGAAGGACUUUGGUGCUAUCGUUGGUAUGGAUGUGGAGAACAGACAUGGUUUUGCAAUGCAAGGACCACGGCGUAAGAUGAUGGGCAAGGCCAGGAAUUACUUGCUUUCGGCCGCUCUCAAGCCAGAGCACAGCUGGGUGUAUUGGCGGGAUGUGGAUAUCAAGGACAGCCCGACCAAGAUCAUCGAGGACUUCGUGGCGCAUGAUAGAGAUGUUCUGGUGCCGAAUAUCUGGUUCCAUCGUUACAAGGACGGAGAAGACAUCGAAGGCCGAUUCGAUUACAAUUCUUGGCAGGAGUCGGAUGCUGGUCGCAAACUCGCAGCUGGCCUUGAUAAGGAUAUUGUGCUUGCAGAAGGCUACAAGGAGUACAAAACAGAGCGGACGUAUAUGGCUCGCAUGGGCAACUGGCGAGAUAACAAGGAUGUGGAGAUCCCACUUGACGGGAUAGGUGGCGUCAACAUCCUGGUCAAGGCGGAUGUUCAUCGGUCAGGGAUCAAUUUCCCGGCCUACGCUUUCGAGAACCAGGCCGAGACAGAAGGCUUUGCCAAGAUGGCGAAACGUGCUGGCUACGGCGUGUACGGUCUGCCGAACUAUGUGGUCUGGCAUAUUGACACAGACGAGAAGCCCGGAAAUGCGUAG